GGUACUUCUGGAAUUAUAAAACAAUGGGCCCAAACUAGUUUAAUCAUAGUUUCUAUCAGCUUUCGUGAAAAUGAAGUGGUUUGUCCUGAUGUCCGUCGCUAUAGCAGUUACGGCUGCGAGCGUCAUCAAAGACCCUAGCGAGGGUUACCAGGAUGGGGACAGAUACUUAAUGUUUCCGGGCGAUGGAGACAACAUUCUCCACCUUGUCGACACACUAGAACCUGUUGACGAAGCCUUCAUCCAGGAUUAUGCGCGAGACCCGAACAACAAUGGCUACUGGCUCUAUACACGAGAAAAUCCACAUACGGCUCAGUUGCUUCUGGAUGGAAACAUAAACAGCGUAAUGGUGUCUAAUUUUGAUUUGAGAAAGGACACCGUCUUCCUAGCUCAUGGGUGGAAUGGUGAUGGCGGAAAUGAUAUGAACAGACAUCUCACUGAAGCUUUCCUCCAAUCCGGUGACGUGAACGUCAUCGUCCUACACUGGACCCGCCUUGCCAACCGCAACUACAUCACAGCCAAGAAGGGAAUUGCCGCAGUAGGUCGUGGACUGGGCCACUUCAUCCGCUGGCUGAACCAGGGCUUCGGGCUCUCGCUGGAUAAAGUGCACUUGGUUGGCUUCAGUCUGGGAGGGCAUUUGAUGGGCAACGCUGGCCGAGAGCUGGGAGGCCAAGUUAGGAGAAUCACAGCCUUGGACCCGGCCGGUCCCCUAUGGGGUAGCGACAGCAACCGCAUCGCCUCAACCGACGCCCAGUACGUCGAGGUUAUCCACACCAACACCGCCUUAUUAGGCUACUCCAGCCCUUGCGGCCACUCCGACCACUACCCGAACGGCGGCUCUCGCAUGCCAGGCUGCUGGAUCAACAGCUGCUCGCACUCCAGGGCCUGGGAGUACAUGGUCGCCACGAUCAAGUACGACCAUCUGUUGGCCAACGAGUGCGCUACCCAGAGAGAUGCUAGCAGAGGCAGGUGUUCCGGCCCUGCUCAGUCCAUGGGCAAUGCUGAUGUUAAUAAACAACAAUCUGGCAUCUUCAGAGUAGACACCGGAAGAAGUUACCCGUACUAAUAAUAUAAAUAAAACACAAUUUUGUAAAUACGUUUUUUAACGUUUGAUAAAAUUGUUUUUGAUUGAAGAUUUUCUGAACACAAGAUCUUUAUUUGAUGUUUAUCUUUAUUUCAUAUUUUGUACAAUUUAUCGAUAAAUAAAGUUCCUAUUAUUUGGUAAA